CUUCCUUACCCAUUGCCCUUGGAAAUGCUUUCAGAGAUAGCGGUAACGGCUUCGUCCUCGGACACAGCCGUUCAAAUAUGUGACCUACGUUCAGGGGUGGUACUUGGCUCUUUGAAAGGGAACAAGUCAGAUCCGAAAACCACCGCAACUUUGCCAAUGUCUGCCGCGGGAGGUACUUUGUUCAGCUCAAGCUUCUUGGCGGCACAAAAUGAUAGGGCACUUGUUCACCUUUGGAGCUGGGCAAAGGGACAGCUUCAUACAAAGUUUGUCCUGCCUGAAAAGCUGUGUUCCAUGGCAGUAUCGCAUUCAGGGGAGUAUUGUGUGGGCGGCGGUUAUUCCGGGAGAGUCUACGUAUGGCAGCUCAAUAGUGGACGCCUCGUUCGAAUGUUCGAUGCACAUUAUAAGGCUGUACGUGUCGUCCGCUUUUCAAGCGACGACGUUGCUUUCAUCACAGGAGGUGAAGAUGCGGUGGCAAAUGUCUGGCUUCUUUCACGCGUGUUAGAUCCAAAUAGCGAGUCAGUUUCAAGUCCCCACCGUUCUCUUUCUGGUCAUGCAUUGCCAAUUUCCGACAUCGUCUUUGGGGUUGGACUCUUUGCGAAUUCGAGAAUAUUCACAACAUCAAUAGAUAGAACGUGCAAGAUAUGGGAGGGAGCUUCGGGAGAGCUGCUAGCAACCAUCGUCUUUCCAAAAGCGAUAAGCAGCCUGGUAGUGGACGUGACUGAGACAAGGUUAUAUGCAGGAGCGACCGAAGGGACAAUAUAUCAGACCAAUUUGUACAGCCGAAACGCUGAUGGUGAUACGGUGGGGUUGCGGAAAGGUGCAGUGGAGGAUGCAGAUGCAGAUGGCGGUACCCUACUGGGUCACAGUCAAAACGUUACCAGCCUAGCUUUGUCGCUUGAUGGAUCUCUCUUAUUGUCAGGAUCCGAGGAUUGCACAGCGAUCGUCUGGGAUACUACUAGUCGUCAGUGUUUGCGCACUCUUUCGAAUCAUAAGGCACCUGUGACGGACGUUAAGAUUCUGCUCAGACCACCACAUUUGAUGGAUCCCGGGGUAUCAAAUGAUUAUUUGCCUGCUUUGAGACCUUGGAAGCGUCAUGAGAUUGCGGAGGAUGUGGACACACUGGAUAGAGAUCGCGAGGAAUGGACAUUGCCAGCGUGUAGUGGCAUUGUGGACGAUCCGCUGGAAGUCUUCCAAAAAGAAACGUUGACAGCAGAACACGCAUUUACUAGAUCUGUGGAAGAACGGGUUCGUCAAAUGGAACUGUCGAAUGGCGGCAACAGCAUAGAGGCGGAGAUGUCUAGAUUACGCGGGGAGGUUGAGCGCUUGGCGGAUCAUAACAAGGCAUUAGUCGACAUCAAUGAGGAAUUCUACCAAGCUGCGGUGAGCCAUCUUAUCCGGGAUGUGCGGCGUUGACCUACUAUUAUUGUAUAUAGCAGAUAGCAGAUAGUACCAGUGGAUAACGUUGCAUAUCGAAUGGAGUGCAGGAACGUCUUGGAUUUGUGGGACUUGAAAUCUUGGCUGAGGUGCCCUUUGCACACAUGAAAGAUAUUUAUGAGGUGGGAAUAAGACGGCUAUAUGAUUUGUUAAUCGAUACUAGUGGAUACUACUGUGUCCACCGACUCUAUUUGAAUGGUAGUGCCUUCUCCGCCAUGCGAUGGCAAACGGCAUUAUAUCUCGAUACUUUCUAGUUUACACUAGCGUAAUCAUUCUAUAGCUCUAAGCCUACUUGUUAAUUGAAUUACCAGAAUUCGUCUGUUCAUACAUCUACCA